CCUUUUCAUUCUUUCUUUACUUUCUUCGUUUCCUCUCUCCCGGAAGGAAUCCCUUAAUCGUCUAUCCACAAUGCCUGAUACCUCUGCCCUCUGUUUCUCCACCUUCUCUUCAAUCCUGCCCUCUAAAGAUCCCAUACCAUCUUCUUCAUUCGCUUCCUUUUCUUUUCUCCCGCUCCUAAAAUUCCCGGGUCAACCGCCGAUCCGUUCGGUCCGAUUCACCGCCGCUAAGGCUUCCGGUUCCAGCCAUUUCCUCGGCGACGAUGCAUUCGGGAACUAUCCUUGGGAACCCUCUGAUCCUUCCGACUCAUCUGUGCAGUGGGUACAAGAGGACAAAGUCACCCUGUUCACUGCUGAUGGGUUGAUACAAAUUGGAGGGAGUUUGGUUCCACAACGUGUCUCUUCCUCUGAUAAGAAGCAAGGAAAAGUAAAAAUGUCUCCAAGAUUACAACGGUACCAAGAGAGUGAUUACAUGGAUCCAGAUCAAGUCCUAUGUUUGGGUGCACUUUUUGAUAUUGCAGCAACAAAUGGUCUUGACAUGGGUAGAAAGCUAUGUAUUCUGGGAUUUUGCCGUUCUGUUGAGAUGUUGAGUGAUGUUGUGGAAGACAUUGUAGUGGAACACGGUGGUGAGGUUGUCUCUGCAGAAAAAGCGAGCAAAGGUGGCAUGCAUGAAAAGCUAACCAUGACAGUUUCAGUUCCGCUUCUCUGGGGGAUCCCGCCUGCAUCUGAAACGCUCCACCUUGCUGUUCGAAGCGGUGGAGGCAUCGUGGAGAAGGUCUAUUGGAGAUGGGAUUUCCUGUAAAUGAUUAUAACUAAUAUAAUUAAGAUUCAUGUGCAUAUUGUGUAUAGUAUUCUUGUGCUACUAUGUACAAAAUUGAACUAACCGGUUAACUCUUACACUCAAUGUAUUCACAUUCACUUCAUCAUGCUCAUUUAAUUUGUACUUAAACUUUCAAUAGCAUCUGCCCUCA